AUGAAAGAGAUUCCCAUAAUUCUGGAGACCACUGGCUCCGAAGUUUUCGAAGAAUGUAUCACCCAGUCAGACAUCGGAGACAGUGAGCCUUCGAAAGGCCCACCGAAUGACCUUGCCAUUCUCAAGGAAGAUGCAUCUAUGCCGAUAGCAGUGAUAGGAAUGGGAUUUCGUGGGCCUGCAGAUGCAACAGACACGAAUAGAUUAUGGCAAAUGAUGCUUGAAAAACGGGAAGCGUGGUCGGCAAUUCCGAAAGAGCGGUGGAAUAACAAAGCAUUUUAUCAUCCAGAUCAUGCUCGGCAUGGCACGAUCAAUGUGGAAGGGGGUCACUUCAUUGCCGAAGACUUGUCGUUGUUUGAUGCACCCUUCUUCAACAUGACCAGUGAUGAGGCAGCAGCCAUGGAUCCUCAACAAAGGAUGUUAUUGGAAGUGUCCUAUGAAGGUCUAGAGAACGCUGGUAUCCCAUUAACCCGAGUGACUGGCACUCGAACUUCAUGUUUCGUGGGGUCAUUCUGCGCAGACUAUACAGACCUACUUCACCGAGACCCCGAGUGCGUGCCCAUGUAUCAGUGCACAAAUGCCGGCCAAUCUCGUGCGAUGAUGGCAAACCGAGUUUCAUAUUUCUUCGACCUGAAAGGUCCCAGUGUCACGGUGGAUACGGCUUGCUCUGGUAGUUUGGUGGCCUUGCACCUUGCGUGCCAGAGUCUCCGCACGGAAGAUGCAUCGAUGGCUAUCGCUGCAGGUGUGAACUUGAUUCUCAGCCACGAGUUCAUGUCCACGAUGAGCAUGAUGAGAUUUCUCUCUCCGGACGGGCGAUGCCAUACGUUUGAUGAAAAAGCAAACGGAUAUGCGCGGGGCGAGGCAAUAGCUUGCCUCAUACUGAAACCGCUGGCUAACGCUCUACGUGAUGGAGACACUAUUCGGGCGGUUAUCCGUGGAGCGGGAUCAAAUCAAGAUGGCCGCACACCGGGGAUCACUCUGCCGAGUGGAACUGCCCAGGAAGCGCUGAUCCGAGAUGUUUACGCUCGAGCCGGUCUUUGCCCCAGUGAAACGGAAGUGGUCGAGGCACAUGGAACGGGUACGCAAGCUGGUGAUCCAGUUGAGAUUGGCGCGAUAGCCAGAUCCUUCGAGCUUGGGCAUGACACUGAUCGUGUAACGAGGAUUGGAUCAAUUAAAACAAACGUUGGCCAUCUCGAGGGGGCGAGUGGGGUGGCUGGUGUUAUCAAGGCCAUUAUGAUGUUAGAGAAUCGGGUAAUUUUACCGAGUCGGAAUUUUGAGACGCCAAAUCCGAGAAUAUCAUUUGACGACUGGAAUUUGAGGGUUCCACAAACCCCGGAACCAUGGGAUACACCUGGACCCCAUCGAGUGUCUGUCAACAGCUUUGGCUACGGCGGUAGCAACGCUCAUGUCAUCCUGGAGGAUACUUUGGGAUAUCUAUCAGAGCGUGGGCUGCAGCGAUGGUUUCGAAGCCCUUCGCGAAUCACGCGAAAACGACCUCGCGUCGACGAACGUGCGGAAUGUUCAGACCCUCCGCGUCAAAGAGUCUUCAUCAUUUCUGCAUUUGACGAGUCAUCGUGCAAGUCCCAGAUUGCAAAUAUUCGCGACUAUCUAGAGUCAAAUAAGGAUCUUGCUAGUGAUGAAUUCUUAGAUGAUCUGGCUUUGACGCUCAACGAGCACCGGACGCGUUUCAUGUGGAAGGCCGCGGUGAUGGGCUCCUCAGGUAGAGUUCUAAGCCAUUCGCUAUCAAAUAACCUUGAAAUUCGGUGCUCGGCUCGGAAACCUACUUUAGGGUUUGUUUUCACUGGACAAGGGGCACAGUGGGUGGGGAUGGGCAAGGAGUUGCUUCACACAUAUCCGGUGUUCUCGAAGUCAAUAUCCAGGAUUGACGAGUAUCUAGCAGAGAUGGGUGCUCCAUUUUACGUGUCUGGUGAGUGGGGUUUAAUUAUUAUCUGCGAAAUUUGUUACGUGGCUGACAGCUCGACGGGUCAACUAGAGGAACUUUCAAGAAGCCCAGAGGAUUCUCAACUGAACCACCCGCUCCUUAGUCAAGCAAUAUGCUCAGCCUUACAAAUAGCUCUUGUCGACCUGCUUGCAUUGUGGAAUAUAUACCCUAACUCAGUGACUGGUCAUUCUAGUGGUGAAAUUGCUGCUGCAUAUGCUUGCGGUGCUCUCAGUAUGGAAGAUGCCAUGGCGGUGGCGUAUUUCCGAGGCAUAGCAGCAAGCCAGCUUCUCAUCUCUCCGGAUAUAAAAGGGGCCAUGAUUGCAAUUGGCAUGUCAAAUGAGGCAAUCCGAGAAUAUCUGGGGAAACUAACUACUGGAAAAGCUGGGGUGGCUUGCAUCAACAGUCCGUCCAGUGUGACUGUUUCCGGAGAUGCGUGUGCCAUUGAUGAGCUAGCAGAAAUUUUGAAAGACAAAUCCGUGUUCUUCCGUCUUCUAGCAGUCGAUGUUGCGUACCAUUCGCAUCAUAUGGAAAUCGUCGCCAAUGAGUAUCUCAGUUCUAUAGAGCACAUAUCCCCUCGUCAUGACCACACACCCGCAUCGCAACUUGGGAAAGUCGCUUUUUUCUCAUCCUUCACGGGAUCCGAGAUACAAAAUAGCGAUAUGGGCCCUCAGUACUGGGUAUCAAACCUCUUGGGGCAGGUGAAAUUCUCCGAGGCUCUCAAGAAUCUCUGUUUUGAGACAGACAGUCAACAAAAUGUGACAGGUCUGAUUUCUAGGAGAAGAGGAAAGAGGCAAGGCGCUGCACAAAAGCCAAGUGUGGAUUGUCUUCUGGAGAUUGGCCCACAUUCUGCACUUGCUGGCCCUGUCAAGCAGAUAAUACAAGAAGACACUAAACUUCGAACAUCGGAAAUCAGUUACCUGAGCAUGCUUUCCAGAAAAAACCAUGCCGUCUCUUCAGCUCUGACCGCAGUAUCCGCCCUGGCAACAAUGAGUUACCCAGUGAAUUUUGAAGCAAUAAACUUUCCAAAAGGCAAUGGGCUUGCACUAAAACCACGACUUCUUGUGGACAUGCCAUCCUACAGGUGGAAUCGUACACGAUCUUAUUGGGCGGAGCCACGAAUGAGCAAAACCUACCGAAAUCGCGAAUAUCCUCGCACGGAUCUACUCGGCGUACCAGACAACAUGGCCUGUCCUUACGAAUGGCGAUGGAGAAACUACAUCCGAACUUCAGAGAUACCCUGGCUUCAAGAUCACAGGAUUCAGUCAGACAUUAUAUUCCCUGCUGCUGGGUAUAUUGCCAUGGCAAUAGAAGCAAUCGUGCAGUUGAUAAAAGAUUCCGAUCAUAUAGAAGAAUUCAUCUUGCAAGACGUUCGGAUACGCUCCGCGCUGAUUGUGCCCGAAGGAUCAGGGGUCGAAAUUAUGACUUUUCUACGAGACUCUGACAAGGGUUUCACGCAUGAAUCAGACCGAUCGUAUAGGUUUCAUAUAUACUCGGCGACCCUUGAAAAUCAGUGGACAGAACAUUGUGCUGGAAUCAUCUGUGCUCAAAUCGAUUCGAGCAAUACCGAUGAUGAAACCUUUGCUGAUCUCAAUGGAUUCGCAAUCGCGCCCACGACAAACAACACCAGAAAUAUUUCCGUCAUUGACAUCCCUCAGCUAUAUCAAAAGCUACAUGAUGUGGGUUUAGAGUAUGGACCUUGCUUUUCAAACUUGACAUGUGUUCAUACAACUCAAUAUGGGGUUUGUUUUGCUGAACUCACCAUUCCCGAUACUCGAACUGCCAUGCCAAUGAACUUUGAGAAUCAAGUCAUAAUUCAUCCGUGUACCCUUGACAGCGUAUUCCAUACUAUCUUUGCUGCGUUGCCGGAGAACAUGGACCUUGAGACCGGUCCGCUUAUUCCAGUUUCAUUCGAGACGGUAAAGAUUUCUCGUCAAAUUCAGAGAUCAGCCGGGGAAAUCCUCAGUAUAUGCACCCACGUUCAGCCUGGAUUGAAAAAUAACGUCGUGGCCUCAAUAUCUGCAACGGAUAGUGUUGACGGUCUGAGCGGCAUGAAGCCAAAACUAUCCGUUCACGGACUUCGUUGUGCCCGCCUACAAGGGUCUUCAAAUCAUCUCGAGAAUAGGAAUGAUAUCCCAAUUGCAUACGGAAUUGAGUGGCAGGCAGACCCGGCCUUCCUUACCAGAGAGAAUGCAGCAUUUCUGUUCCAGCAGCAAGAUACAGAUCCAAGCCAAUCGCUUCCCUUGCAAGCAUCUUGCGAAGAACACACAGCAAGCCUCAUCAAGGACACGGUUGCAAAGUUAUCCGAAGAGAGUAAAGAGACACUUGACCGCACGUACAGCCGAUACCGGGAUGAUCUUGUGGCUAUUCUUCAGGCGUAUGACAAGAACCAUCAAAUUUAUCCACCCAACCGGUUCACUUCACUGCAAGAAGAAAAUAUGGGUGCUUCGUGCGGUAUGAAAGAUCUGCUUCGCGUUGUCUCCUCCCAUCUCUUUUCGUUGCCGCCAACAAACCUGGAGGCGUUCAAGGAAGCCCAGAGAGAGAUAUGGAAUUCAUACAAAGAGCUCAUUACCGAGAAUCUGGCGUACUUUGCCGCAGCAAAGUAUGUUGGCCUGAUUGGUAAUAAAAAUCCAGAUAUCUCAGUUCUGGAAAUCAACGAUGGAGGAGACCGGCCAUACACCUUGUUCUUGGAGGAACUGGCUCCACGUCCCGGUGGUCAACAAGACAAAGUGCCUCACUGCACAAAAUAUGCAUUUGCGUUCAGAGACGAGGAUAACAUAGCCCGAGCAAGAGCGGAUUUCGGUCAUUGGGAGGAUAUUGUGAAGCUUGAGAAGCUGGAUCUCAAUUCUGAUCUUUCUAAGCAGGAAGUUAGCAAAGAUGUCUACGAUGUCAUCAUCGCCCCGAACUUCUUCUACUCGGCACAAAACACCAAGAGGGGACUUCUCAAAAUUAAGUCACUUUUGAAGCCAUCCGGCUACUUGAUAAUACCUGAUACCUUCCAGCCCAAGAGAAGCCUUUUGGAUGCUCUCUUAGUUACUAAUCUCUACCAUUGGCCACAUGAGACGGCAGACUCCAUCCAAAGCGGAGAAAAGAAGGGGGAAAUUCUUCCUGAGGCCGGAUUCAGAGCAGAGGAUAUUAUCGAAGGUGCUUUGACUGUUUGUCGCCCACUGCAUGAAUCAAACUUAUCCGACAAUAAGAUAUUGGUCAUUCGUGAAGAUGAUGAUGAGACCUUAGUGAAAUUCUCAGAAGCACUGAUCCAAAGAUUGUCGGACGAGACGACUGUGUCAGACAUUAUGGAAGCGAACACACACGGCCGUAUCUGCGUCAUCGUCAGCGACUUUAAGAAAAGCUCAUUUCAAAGCCCUGAUGCCAAUAUGUUGCAGAAACUAAAGGAGAUUUUCUUACAGAGUGAGGGGGUACUCUGGGUGACGAGAGGCGGGACGAUGCACGCUACAAACCCCCAGGAUGGGCUUGCAGUUGGCUUCGCAAGAACGGCUCGCUCAGAAUCAGGUGUUCAACCGAUUAUCACACUUGAUCUAGAUCCGAACUUCCCGAUACUAGACAACUCUAGGGUGAACACCAUUGUCGAGCUCGUGAAGACCCAUUUCUUCCAGGAAGGCCCACCAGAGCAGGACACCGAAUAUGCAGAGCGUGAUGGAGUUGUUUUGGUUCCUCGGGCGGUAGCUCAAGAUGACUGGAAUCGCAACAUAACGAUGAUGAAUAAGGCGGUGACAUUAUCACCGGAGCCAUUUCACCAGCCGGACAACCUCCUCUUACUGCGCAGGAAUGAGCUUGGAAAGAACGAAGUUUACUUUACGGCUAGCAAGCAGAGCACGGGGAUUCGCGAGGGUCAUAUCGGUAUCAAGGUUUUUGCUUUCGCCUUGAGUGGGUUUGAUACAGACAGCGGCAAAGAAGCGAGUGAUACCCUUGAUGCAGUUGGAUUCGGAUGUAGCGGGCAAGUAUGCGAAGUCGGGCCAAAUGUCCACGAAUUCUCGGUGGGAGAUCGCGUCGCUUGUCUUGGAACUGGAACAGCACAAAAUUACUACUACGACCAGGCCCCAGCUUUUCAAAAAAUUAAAGAUGACACUCCGUAUGAUCUUGCCGCAUCAUUGCCUCUCGCAUAUACCGCGGCAUACUGGAUUGUUCACGAAGUUGCCAGAAUCAAGGGCGGCGAUGCGGUCCUUAUACACGACGCAGCAAGCUGGUACGGGCAAGCGUUGACUGAGAUUUGCAUGCUAGGCGAGUGUGAAGUCUUUGCAAUUGUCUCCACCGAUACUCAGAAGGAUUCCAUCUCAGACACAUUCCAAAUCCCAUCAUGGCAGAUCUUCGUGGACGGAAAGGACAACAUAGCACGACGUCUUUUGGAGUCCGCUGAUGGCAGGCUUCCCGGGACUGUGAUGACAUUUGCUGAGUCUGACAGCAAGAUAUUCAAGACUUUAUGCAAACUCGCUGCACCAUUCGGCCAUGUAAUUCAUCUUCGGACUAGGGUGCUGGACCGUCAGAGGGACUGUACUUUGAAAUCGGAUUUGAAGAACAUUUCGUUCUCCACAUUCGAUAUUUUCGAUUUUCAACCAAACAAAAAUGCCUCAAUCUUGGAAAUCUGGUCAAAAGUCAUGUCUCUUUUCAUCCAAGGAAAAUUGCGCGGGCCGUCUUCCUAUUCUGUUCAUAGAGUGACAGAUGUGGCCAAAGCUAUCAGUACUAUCUCUUCAACGAAUUAUGCCGUGAUCGUCACAGAAGGUGAUGAAGUUGUGCAGGCCACCACGGCAAACGCCCCGAAAACUCUUUUCCAAAAAGACGCUUCGUACCUUGUGGUGGGUGGACUCGGGGGAAUUGGACGUGAGAUUGUUUCCUGGAUGGUGGAGCACGGCGCCAAAUACUUGAUUCUUGUCAAUCGCAGCGGGUUGGCUACAGACACGGCGCGAUCUACCUUACGGCUGCUUCUUGAUAAGGGCAUUGAAGUCGCCGUGCGUGGUUGCGAUAUAUCAGCCAAACGAGCUUUCAGUGAAAUGUACAACGAAAUAUCGAAAACUAUGCCACCUAUCAGGGGUGUCAUUCAGGGUGCCAUGAUACUCAAGGAUGUUCAUAUCGAGAGGAUGACGGCGGAAGACUACAAUGCAGUUCUACGUCCCAAAUACGCUGGAACCUGGAACCUACAUAAUUACUUGCCCAAAGAUCUGGACUUCUUCGUGAUGCUGUCAUCCAUAAGUGGCGUGAUUGGAAAUGCUACCCAAUCCGCCUACGCGGCUGGAUCCGCAUUCAUGGACUCCUUUGCCGCAUACCGAAAUACCCUAGGCCUGCCCGCUGUGUCGCUGGACCUAGGUGCCGUUACAAGUGUCGGGUACCUGGCGGAAAACAAAGAGCUAGCAGAGAAAAUGACAAAACAAGGAUUCCAGAGCACAGAUAUCAAAAUACUCUUGUCGCUCGUCCAGCUUGCGAUUUCAGAGCCACCUACUGGCUCUCAUUCGCAGAUUGUGACGGGCCUUGGGGAUUGGAAACCAGGCAAGUCCCUGGCUAAUUUCGACGCGCCUCUCUUCUCUCAUUUCCGGAGGAGAUUCCUGGUAAAUGACCCACACGAAGAGGGGGUUGACAAUUCCGAGACACUACGUGAGAAUAUGAGAGCUGCAAAAACUCGGGAAGAGGCCAUACUGGUUGUCUUCGAGGCUCUAUCCGGAAAGCUUGCUGCGCAGCUGAACAUCCCAAUAGACAGGAUCGACCCAGAGAGUCCACUCUCGGAAUUUGGCACCGAUUCAACCGACGCAGCCGAGCUACGAAACUGGAUUUCCAAAACCUUGGAUUCCACGGUGCCUAUUCUUGAAAUACUCGCGAAUGGCUCGAUUCUUCAGUUGGCAGGCCAAAUCGCUAGCCGAUCGCAGUUACUGAAUGUCAAUGACGAGAUGCCAUAG